UCUGUAUAAAGGCACAAGAGGGAGUAGGAGGGGUGCGGUGCAGCAGGAAGACUCGCUGGGAGAGACGGAGAGAGCGAGAGAGAGAGAGAAAGAGAGAGAGAGAGAGAGAGAGGUGGAACACUGAGACGCCACACACAUACAUACACACGGCCAAGAGAGAGAAACAUCCAGAACAUAACACAACACCAUGGCAGAUAAAAUUAAGGAUGCUAAGAUCAUCUUUGUUGUGGGUGGCCCCGGCUCUGGGAAGGGCACUCAGUGUGAGAAGGUGGUGGAGAAGUACGGCUACACUCACCUGUCCUCUGGAGACCUGCUGCGUGCCGAGGUGGCGUCCGGCUCUGAGAGGGGCAAACAGCUCCAGGCCAUCAUGCAGAAAGGAGAGCUGGUGCCCCUGGACACCGUACUGGACAUGAUCAAGGACGCCAUGAUCGCCAAAGCCGACGUGUCCAAGGGCUUCUUGAUCGACGGAUAUCCUCGUGAGGUCAAACAGGGGGAGGAGUUUGAGAAGAAGAUCGGCGCCCCUGCCCUGCUGCUGUACAUCGACGCCAAGGCCGAGACGAUGGUGAAGAGGCUGAUGAAGCGCGGAGAGACCAGCGGCCGCUCCGACGACAACGAGGAGACCAUUAAGAAGCGUCUGGACCUUUACUACAAAGCCACUGAGCCCGUCAUCGCCUUCUACGAGAGUCGCGGCAUCGUCAGGAAGAUCGAUUCAGAGCUUUCUGUGGACGAGGUGUUUAAACUGGUCAGCCAGGCGAUCGAUAACCUGAAGUAAAGAAAAGCUGAUCAGAUGAACUUUGAA